AUGGCCAUAAACAGGUUCCCUGGGAUCAGUAUGGAGGCUCAUCUCCUCAGCUUCUCCCUCUUGUUCCUUCACCUCCUUAACUGUUGUUGGGGGCAGCGCCAGGUGCCUGGACCCUCACUAUUUCAGUUUACCAGCUCCAACUACAAUGCCACUAUUUAUGAGAACUCUCCUGUUCGGUCCUACGUUAGGAGCAAGAACAAAAUGGGGAUCACUCUAACACAGUCCAUCUCAUGGAACAUCAGAUUCUCUAUUGACUCUGGGAAUGAGAAGGGGCUUUUCCAGGCAGAGGAGUUUGUCCUGGGAGACUUCUGUUUUCUACGUAUACACACUAACAGUGGAGACUCUGCUACUUUGAACCGUGAAGCACAGGACAAUUACACAUUAAGUGUAAAAGCGGUUACUGAAGAUGGCCUGGAGGCAUCUGCUACAGUCCAUGUGCAAAUCAUGGACAUGAAUGACCUUCGACCUUUAUUCUCACCCACCAGCUAUACCAUUGUGGUACCUGAAAGUACACCACUGGGAACUAGUGUUACGCAGGUCACUGCAACCGAUGCAGACAUAGGCUCCAAUGGUGAAUUCUAUUAUUUCUUUAGGGAAGCAGUGGAAUGGUUUGCUGUGCAUCCAACCAGUGGGGUUAUAUCUCUGACAGACAAACUUAACGCAGAUCAGAAUAAAAGAUUUGACCUUCAGGUGCUGGCAGUUGACCGUGGAAAGAAAGUGUAUGGGAACAAUGAUGUAAGCAGUACAGCGAAAGUAAUGAUCACCAUUACACGUGUUAAUGAAUAUUCACCCACACUGAAUGUGAUUGCACUUAUUCCAUCAUUAUCAGACAAAGACCCAGUGUAUGCUGUGGUCACAGUGGCAGAUCUGGAUGAAGGGCUAAAUGGAGAGAUAGAGUGGGUUGCAAUAGUUUCAGGUGACCCACUGGAACAGUUUUUGUUGGACAGAGCACCAUUUAUUAAUGAGUACAUGCUAAAAACAUCAGAACCUAUUGACUGGAAUGAAUUUCCAUACGGGUGGAAUCUCACCUUCCAAGCUAAAGACCGAGGUAUACCUCCCAGGUUUUCAAAUACUCAGGUACUUCAUUUACUCAUUAAAAAGCCACAGCCCAUACAGGCAAGCUUUGAGAAAGAUAUUUACAAAGCCUCAGUUAAUGAGAUGGCUCCUCCUGGGACCAUCAUAGAGGCUGUUGCAAUUUCUCCCAGGCCACGGUCUGUCAGUUAUGGUUUAAGUCUGACCUCAGAUUCCAUUUACUUCAACAUUAACACUUUUACUGGUGUCAUCUCAACAGCAAGACAGUUGACCAAGCUGGAUCAACAGCUUUUUGAACUAGAAGUGACAGAGGCUAUGAAUGGUCUGAGAGCCACAGUGCAAAUCACAGUGGAGGAUGCUAAUGAUAACAUCCCAACAUUUACUCAAGCAUCCUAUCAGUCUUUUGUCAAUGAGAGUGCUCCAAUCGGUACUGUUAUUCUUAAAAUAUCAGCCACAGAUAAUGACAAAGGGGAAAAUGGAUGCAUAGCAUACAGUAUACCAAGUCCCCAGCCUCUGCCCUUCACAAUUGACCAGUACACAGGGGAACUUAAGACAUCUAAAGAACUGGAUUUUGAGUCAUCUGUAGAUACAUAUGUUUUUGUUGUCCGGGCCUCUGACUGGGGCUUUCCUUAUCGACGAGAGAAUGAAGUAAAUAUUACAGUUCGAAUUCUAAAUGUCAAUGACAACCCACCCCUUUUUGAACACGUGUCAUGUAAGGGAAUAAUUUCUCAUGAUUUCCCCAUAGGGCAGACAAUCAUCACACUGUCUGCCAUUGACAUUGAUGAGAUGGGGUUAGUGAAAUAUGAGAUAUUGAGUGGAAAUGAACAGGAUCUCUUUAAUCUUAACCCAGACUCUGGGAUAUUGUCAUUGAGGAGGUCUCUUUCUGAAGCUAAUGUUAAAAAUGUGCUGUUUAGCUUGAAAAUUGCAGCAACAGAUGGAGAGAUUUUCUCUGAGUCCACCUUUGUCAAUGUAACACUUGUAAGAGGAAGAACGCCACUGAGGAAUUUUAACUGUAAAGACACAAAAGUUGCACAGACAUUAGCUGAAAACCUUCUUAACAAAGCCAACACUGGCAAAUCAAAAGAUAAAGAAGAUUACACUGACCUGUAUUCUGUCAACUGGCAGACCCCUCAGUUUGAAUCAUUUCCUUCUGAGAUACUAGUUCGGGAGGAUUUACCUGUUGGCUCAACUAUUAUUAAAGUAAACACCAACGAUUGUGACGCAGGCCUUAAUGGUCACAUUCUCUAUGUUAUAUCAGAUGGAAAUACUGACAGCUGUUUCAAUAUUGAUAUGGAAAGUGGUCAUAUAUAUGUCUAUCAGCCUUUGGACCAUGAGAGGUCAAACUGGUAUCUCCUAAAUGUAACCAUAUAUGACAUGGGUCUUCCUCCAAGGUCCAGCUGGAGGCUGUUAACUGUUAACAUUGAAGAUGUGAAUGACAAUAGUCCUCAAUUCUCCAUGGAUAGCUACACGGCAGUGGUGCCAGAGAACACCGUCAUUGGCACAGAGGUUAUUCAGGUUACAGCCAUAGACAACGACCUCGGUAAGAACGGGGAAAUCUCCUACACCUUGUUAACCCACACGUCUGUCUUCAGCAUGAACGCUUCCACAGGGUGGGUGUACGUCUCUGGCCAGCUGGACAGAGAGUCGAUGCCAGAUACCACCCUGGAAGUUGAAGCCAGAGACAAGGCUGAGAGUGGUCAUCAAAAAUUCUCAGUGACGACCUUAAAGGUUUAUUUGGAGGAUGUAAAUGACUGUCCACCCGUGUUCAUUCCCAAGAUUUAUAGUUGUUGUAUUCUAGAGGACCUUCCUCUUGGCACUGUCAUCACCUGGCUGCAAACGCAGGACCCUGACUCUGGGGCAGGUGGGAGAGUAAAAUAUGCCCUGGUCAAUGACUACAAUGGGACAUUCACCGUUAAUAUGGAGAGUGGAGCCAUCAAGGUGACCAAGGAGCUGGACUAUGAGAAGCAAAAGUUCUACAACCUCUCUGUCAUUGCUGAGGACUGUGGCCCCUCCAUCCAGCUGUCUUCCUACUCUUUCGUGGAGGUGGAGGUGUUUGAUGUCAACGAAAAUCUCGACGAGCCGUACUUCUCCGAAUUUGCAGUAAGAGCCACUGUUUGGGAAAAUGCACGCCUUGGAACAAGUGUGGUCCAAGUCAUGGCUAAAGAUGAUGACAGGGGCAGAGAUGGUAUAAUAAGAUACUCUAUCAAAGCUGGAAGUGGUCUUGGCUGGUUUUCUAUUGAUGAAGAGACUGGAGUGAUCUACACCAGCAGUAUACUGGACUGCGAGAUCCGGGAGUCGUACUGGCUCACUGUCUGUGCUGCAGACCAAGGUGUCGUACCACUGUCUGCCUCUAUUGAGGUGUUUAUCCAAGUGGAGGAUGUCAACGAUAACGCCCCCUUGACUACUAACCCUAUCUAUCACCCAUACAUCAUGGAGAACUCGCCCAAGGGUGUUUCGGUGGUCCAGAUCCAAGCCCAUGACCCUGACGACACUUCUUCCACUGACCGCCUCACGUACCGCAUCAAGGCUGGAAACCCGCAGAACUUCUUCACCAUCAGUUCCAAAGCAGGUCUCAUCACCACAACUUCAAGGAAACUGGACAGAGAGCAGCAAGCAGAGCAUUUCUUAGAGGUGACAAUUACAGAUGGCAGUGGUGUCCCCAGGCAGUCCACGGUGUGGGUGAUAGUGCAUGUCCAAGACGAGAAUGACAACAAGCCCGAGUUCCCCCAGCCGAUCUACUGCAUCAGUCUCCCAGAACGUGACCGGAACAAGCGCGGCGAGCCCGUCUACAGAGUCUUCGCACAUGACCCUGACCAAGGGCCCAAUGCACAGCUCACCUACAGCAUAGUGGACGGUAAUGAGGACAACAAGUUCUCCAUCGAUGCCAAGUCAGCCGUGGUGUCCUCCAGGAAGACGGUUACCGCAGGGGACUGCAACAUGCUUACGAUAAAGGCCACAGACAACGGGAGCCCUCAGAAGUGGGCGACUACACAGCUUCAUAUUGAGUGGAUCCGGAAGCCUUUGCCCCCAACACAGGCGUUGCGCUUCACUGCUCCUAGCUAUAACUUUGCUGUGGCAGAGAGCACCAGAGUGUCAGAAAGCGUGGGAGUCAUCUCUGUCCUGCAGCCAGAAACACAGCUCUGGUUUGAAAUCACUGGUGGAAGGACGUCACGGGAGAAGUUUUAUAUUCCUCAGAGCUCCUGUGUUAGAAACUGUACAGAUGAUGCAGGAAGCUAUGGAGGUUUUGACAUCCUUAGAGGGAGGCGGACUAUAGUAGUGGCAAGGCCUCUGGAUGCAGAGAGCCAGUCACUCUACAACAUGACUGUCCAGGUGACUGAUGGGACAAAUAAAGCAUCCACACAGGUUUAUAUAAAGGUUUUGGACAGCAAUGACAACGCUCCAGCUUUCUCUCAGUCCACACACGUCGUCUCACUUCCAGAGGACACACCAGCAGACACUGAGGUUUUGAAGCUCAGAGCAAUAGACAAAGAUGAACGGGCCAAGCUGAGCUACUCUGUCCAUGGCAGUGGCGAUCCAGUCAGCAUGCGCAUGUUCCGAAUCCAUCCAGGCACCGGUGUGGUGUACACAGCCGAUCGCCUGGACUACGAAGCGCACACACAGCAUAUCCUCACUAUUAUGGUGAAAGACCAGGAGUUUCCUUAUUACAGAGAUCUGGCACAGAUCACUGUAAACGUAGAAGAUGCCAAUGAUCAGAAUCCCUUUUUCACACACACAGUGUAUGAUGGGGUGGUGACUGAGUCAGCCUCCCCUGGGACACCUGUGGUACAGGUCACUGCCUUGGACAGAGACACAGGGAGGAAUGGGGAGAUAGUGUAUUUAUUUGAAGCAGGCAACACAGGGGGGGUGUUUGGAAUCGACUCACUGUCAGGCAUCAUUUCAGUGGCAAGAGAGCUAGACCUUACAUUUGCUGGUCAUUACGCCCUUACUGUGCGUGCCAUGGAUGGAGGCACCCCGGCGCUAAGUGCUACAGCCACUGUUAGAAUAACUAUCUCUCUCUCAGACCUCCACAGGCCUAAGUUCACUCAGCUGGACUACCAGGCUGAGAUCCGUGAGAACGCGCCCAUCGGAACCCUCGUCACCCAUGUCAAAGCUGUAAGUCGGUCGCUGCUCGUUUAUGACAUCAUGCAAGGGAACAGCGAGAAGAGGUUUGGGAUCAACUGUUACACCGGUGUAAUCACAACUCAGAUGUCCCUCGACUUCGAAGCCACCACGUCCUAUGCGCUGGUCGUCCAGGCUGUCAGCAUGGCAGGGAUUGUUUCCAGUGUUACAGUUAACAUUCAAGUGAUGGAUGAAAAUGAUAAUCCACCCAUGUUGAAAAAGCUAUGCUACUCUGGGAGUAUCAGUGAAGCAGCCCCUUCUAACAGUGUAGUGUUAGACGAUGAUGGAAGUCCCCUGAUGAUUCAAGUCACUGAUGCUGAUAGGAGCCAGAAUGCCUUAUUAGUCUUUCAGAUUGUAGAAGAUGUGGCUAGGUUGUUUUUCACUGUGGACUCUGGUACUGGAUCCAUAAGGACUAUUACCAGCCUAGACUAUGAGACUUUUAGUGAGUUUCACUUUCAUGUUAAUGUGAGGGACAGUGGUAGUCCCCAGUUAAUCAUGGAAAGACCAGCGGAGGUUGUAAUCAAGGUGAUGAACAUCAAUGACUCUCCUCCAAAGUUCUCCCAAGAUGCCUAUGAAAGCAUCUUGUUGCUCCCUACCUAUGUGGGUGUAGAGGCUUUGAGAGUGGAGGCAUUUGACCCUGACAUGAGCACGAGAACUGAUUUGAUAUAUUCUUUAGCCGACAGCCGCAUGGCAUUCUUUGCCAUUGAGUCCAGCAGUGGAAUCCUCACGGUCAAAAACGACAAACUAGCCCAAGAUGGCUACCGCUUCACUGUUAAAGCAUCGGCUGGACGAUACUCCUGCACAGCCCUCGUCACCAUCCUGGUGCGAGAGGCUAUGGAGAGUGACCUCCUCUUCAGCCAGUCCAUGUACUCCUCCUCUGUAGUAGAGAACAGCUCAAACAUAUCCAACGUGGCGGUGGUGAGCACUACCGGUAGCCGUCUGAACGAGCCAAUUAAGUAUGGACUGCUAAAUGCAUGGACACACUUUACUAUCUGUCCGACAUCUGGGGUCAUACAGACCACAGGGGUCACAUUUGACCGAGAACAGCAGGAAUUUUAUGAGUUAGUGGUGGAGGUGAGCCGGGAACAUGACCCACUCAGGGUAGCCAGGGUGAAUGUACGAGUGCAAGUGGAAGAUAUCAACGACAAUGCUCCUGAGUUUGUUGGCCUUCCAUACUACGCGGUGGUGCAGCUUGAUGCCCAGCCUGGCUCGUCCAUUUUUCGUGCCUCAGCCACAGAUUUGGACAAAGGGAUGAAUGGGAAGGUAUUCUAUGACCUUAAAGAGGAGUAUAGCCAUUUUGACAUAAAUAGUGUCACAGGUGAACUCACUCUUAAAAGAGCCUUUGUAGCAAAUCUGUCUAAUGCAGAGCACCAAGUGAUCAUUUUUGCACAUGAUGCAGGCUACCCAUCCCUCUUCAGUGCAGUGGAGCUCCUAGUGACAGUAGUUAACAAAGCCAUGCCUGUUUUUGACAAGUCCUAUUAUGGUGUGUCUGUUAGAGAGGACAUAUCACUGUCAACUCCUAUUAUAAGCAUCAAUGCCACAGGUCCUGAAGGACAGACCAUCAUCUACACUAUUGUGGAUGGGGAUCCAUUACUUCAGUUUGACAUUGGGUUUGACAAUGGUGUGAUCAGUGUCAUUUACCCCUUGGACUAUGAGACUAUUUCAUUCUACAAGCUAACAGUCAGGUCCACAGACACACUCACUGGAGCAAGAUCAGAAGUGAACGUCGACAUUAUUGUUGUAGAUGUGAAUGACAAUGCCCCUGUAUUUGAGAAGGUGUCUUAUACAGUCACCUUAUCUGAGAACACAAUGAUUGGGUCAGUGGUAGUGCAACUCUUGGCAGCAGACAAGGACUCAGAAAAAAAUGGUGUCAUUCUCUAUCAGAUUCUCUCAGAAGAUAUCAAUCGCUCUGACUACUUCCACAUUGAAAGUAGAAGUGGUCUUGUCCUGACAGGACAUCUUUUGGACUAUGAAGUUAUCCAGAGGUACCAGUUUAUUGUCCGGGCAGUAGACAAUGGCUCUCCAGCCCAGAGUAGUGAAGUCAUGGUCACUGUCUUAGUAAAUGACACAAACGACAACCCUCCAUCCUUCAACCAGCCACUCUAUGAGGCUUUUGUUAGUGUCCUUGUUCCGAGAGGACACUUUGUGACCUGCAUUAAAGCCUCUGAUGCAGACAUUUCAGAUGUUGACAGGCUAAGGUACAGCAUCCUCUCUGGAGAUGAGGGAAUGACUUUCACUAUAGACUCUGAGACAGGAGUCAUCUCCUUAUCUAAGCAGUUCAGGCAAGGCAUGUGUUCGGUAUACAUCCUCAACGUGUCUGUAUCGGAUGGGGUGUUCACCAGCCCGGCACAGGUGAGCAUAAGGAUCUUGGGGGCAAACGUUUACAGUCCUGUCUUUAGCCAAAGAUUUUAUGUGGCUGAAGUGCAAGAGAAUGCACCUGCAGGAACGAAAGUAAUUCAGGUGUGGGCCACAGAUGACGACUCUGGGCUUUUUGGUCAGAUUGUGUAUUCAUUCAGCAGUGACCUUGCAAAAACUCAGUUUAGCAUAGGAGCAGAUGGCAUGAUCACUACUGCCCAACCAUUAGACAGAGAGAAUCCACUGAACAGGGACAUUGUGUUAACAGUAAUGGCUCUGGAUGGAGGAGGAAGGGCAUCCUUCUGUAGUGUUAGAGUAAUGGUAACAGAUGAGAAUGAUAAUGCACCAUGUUUCAGGGCCAAAGAGUACAGGGUUAGUAUUAGGGCUAACAUAGCCAUAGGAUCUCUGGUUACUCAGAUCCAGGCUUUGGAUCCAGAUGCUGGGGAUAAUGGCAGGAUAAGUUACUCCCUGUACAGUGAGGCACGGCUCCCUCUAGUGGAUGUGUUAGAGAUUGAGCCCGACAGUGGCUGGAUGGUCACAAAGGCAAGCAUGACUUAUUUAAGAGGAACUGUUCUCUCCUUGUUUGUCAAAGCGACUGAUAAUGGAGUCCCUGCUAAACACUCACUGGUGUCUGCGUUUAUCCAUGUCCUGCCACCUGAUGCCAACAUACCAACAUUCACUCGGCCCAAGUACUCUUUCUCUGUUUCAGAAGACACACCCAUUGGGACAGCUUUGGGUUCAGUGUGCCUGAGUCCAGGCCAGAUGGGAGCUUUUUCUGUGAUAAAUGGAGAGACCAUGGAGAGCAACCAGGGUGGAACAUUUAUUGUGGAAAGAGAUACUGGACUACUUAGGCUUGUAAACGCACUAGACUAUGAGCUAGUGAACAUCUAUCAUUUCACGGUUUCUGCUACCAUGAGGCAAGCUCUGGUGGAAUCCAUGUCUGUAGUAGAUCUGGAGGUGAAAGUGUUGGAUGUGAAUGACAAUAAUCCUUCCUUUGAGACUAGCUCAUACACGGCUAUGGUCAUGGAGGGCCUGCCUGUUGGAACAAGGGUCAUCCAGGUGCAUGCAGUGGACCCUGACUGGGGCUCAAAUGGACAGGUCAUCUACAUGCUUGGACUUACCCUGAACCAGAAGGACCAGACCUCUACAACUGCUGCCAUGUUUGCAAUUGAUAGCAAAACUGGAUGGAUCUCCACCCUUGGAGACCUAGACCAUGAAACAUGCCCAUCUUACACCUUCAGUGUAAUUGCAUCAGAUCUAGGGAAGACAGUGUCUCUCUCUUCAACUGCUUCAGUUACUGUUGCCAUUGCUGAUGUCAACGACAACCCUCCUACUUUUGAUAGGGGAUAUUACAGGGGUUCUGUGACAGAGAGUGAUGCAAUAGGAGAAGUGGUGUCUGUGCUAAGCACUCGAGACCGGGACACGUCGGAUCAGAAUAGACUCAUCAGCAUCCAUAUUACAGGGGGAGACCCUAAAGGGGUGUUUGCACUAGCUGCAGUGCAAGGAGAGUGGAAGGUGUUUGUAAAGCAGCCACUGGACAGGGAGGGCCAGGAUCGAUAUCUACUCAAUAUCACCGCCACUGACGGCCUUUUUAUCACCUGGGUUAUUGUAGAGGUCACUGUCAUGGAUGCCAAUGACAACAGUCCUAUAUGCAACCAGGCUCUGUAUGAAGCCUCAUUUCCAGAGGAUAUUCCCAUUAAUAAUGUUAUUCUGAAUGUUGGGGCUACAGACUUUGAUAUAGGCUCAAAUGCAGAAAUUCAGUAUUCUUUAUAUGGCAAUGGAGUUGAAGACUUCUACAUGGAUUCAAAAACUGGGGAGCUGAAGACAGCCUCUUUGAUAGACCGAGAGAAGACUCCGGGCUAUAAACUAAUAGCCCAAGCUACAGAUGCAGGCGGUCUGUUCUGCCGCUCUGAGAUCUCCCUUACUGUUCUGGAUGUGAAUGAUAAUGCUCCAUCUUUCUUUUUCACUGAGUUUCUAGCCACUGUGUUUGAGAGUGCUGCAUCCAAAACCCUUCUUACACGCCUGCAGGCCAGUGAUCCCGAUGAGGGCCUGAACAGAAGAAUUGUGUAUUCACUGGUGGAUUCGGCCAAUGGCAUAUUCUCUAUUGAACCCUUUUCUGGUGUGGUGAUUCUGGAGAAACCUCUGGAUCACGAGCUCCAGGACUCAUACCGGGUGAGGGUCCAGGCUUCCGACCAAGCUGGGACAGCCGGCUCCCUCUCCACGCAAGUGGACCUCACUGUCCUGGUUCUGGACGUAAACGAUAACCCGCCGGUCUUCCAGAAGCAGGACUACUCUGUUACAGUGCCUGAAGAUGUUGCUGUGGGUUCAGAGGUGCUGAGGGUCCUUGCUACCAGUGAAGACAUUGGGGUCAAUGCUGAGAUCUACUACAGUAUCAGAACAGGCAAUGAACUGGGCAGGUUUUCCAUUGAUGAAACCACAGGCACCAUCUCUGUAGCUGGUGAGCUGGACUACGAGGUGUGCAAAGACUACUUCAUCAAAGUGGAGGCUGUGGAUGGGGGAACUCCUCCACUGAAAACCUCCACCAUGGUAACCAUUGAUGUGAUGGAUGUCAACGAUAAUGCGCCUGCCUUCAGCGAAGAUGUUUACAAUGUUCUGAUCAGCGAAGAUGCUGCCAUUGGAGAGACAGUCACCACGUUGUUAGCAGAAGAUAUGGACAGUCAAGUAAACGGACAUAUCAGUUACUCCAUCCUGAGGGGCGACAGGAGCAACCAGUUCUGGCUCGACCCUGUCACUGCCGUCCUGAAGGUCAACAAAGCACUCGACAGAGAGACGGUUUCCAGCUACACGCUGACAGUCCAGGCAUUCGACAGUGGAUCACCUGCCAUGUCUACUGCAGUAAUUGUAAACAUUGAGAUUGCUGAUAUAAAUGACAAUACACCUGUGUUCUCACCUGCCAACGCCUCAGCAGUCAUUCAGCUGAACAAGCCUGCAGGGACCACUGUGCUGACACUGUCCGUCUCCGAUAACGACUCCCCACGAAACGCGGGCCCUUUUGAGUUCCGCAUUGUGUCUGGGAAUGAAGCCAAUGAAUUUAGCCUGGAUCAGAAUGGAGAGCUGUGCUCCAACAAAGUGUUGGAUGCCCCUCGGGAGUAUGUGCUACAGAUUCAGGCCUGGGACUCAGGUGAGCCUCGCCUGUCUUCAUCCUCCUUUGUGUUCGUGCACGUGAUCGGAGACAGCCUCUUCCGGCUUGUGGUCUUCCCGCUGGAAAUCAGCGUGGUAAUGGCAGCUGACGCCUUUCCUGGCGGCUUCGUCGGCAAGGUCCAUGUCUCCAACGGUGAUGAGAACAACGUUCUGUCCUUCAUACAGAGGCCACAGCCCAAGAGCCCUUUUACAAUCAACCAGCACGAUGGCAAGAUCGUAGCCCUCAGAAGCCUUGAGCCUGGCAGGUACUUCAUGAAUGUUACGGUCAGUGAUGGACUCUUGUCAGAGACAAUUGGUGUGACGGUGCAGGUAGAGCAAGCCACCGAGGAGAAGGUGCAGAACGCUGUCAUGCUGCAUUUCCACAACCUCUCCCCUGAGGAAUUUGUGGCCCUUUACCUCCAAGACCUGAAGAAGACACUGUGGACCGCACUUGCUGGAGCUGAUCCAGAAUCUGGAGCAGCCCAGAUCCCGGGCCUGCUGCAUGUCCUGGGCAUACAACCGGUGGGACGAUCUUCGGAGCUGGAGGUGCUGCUGGCGGUGGAGGCCCAUGACGGGGGGUAUGUAAGCCCUGGCGAGCUGGUUCUGAGGCUGGGCGAGGCACAGGGGUGGCUGGGUGGAGCCCUGCUUGUGGUGGAUGUAGUGGACCAAAGCUGCUCUGGAGAGCUGGACUGUGGGGAGAGUGUGUGCGAGCUCAGCCUGAGGCUGGAGUCCAGCAGCCUGGUCACUUACAGCACUCCCAGAGUGAGCUUUGCCUCACCACACUUCAGCCGGACAGAGAGCUGCACCUGCGCAGAUGGACUCUGUCCGUUGUCUCUGGAGCUGUGUGAAGGCCAGCCCUGUCCUUCUGACAUGCAAUGUGUACGUAGCAGUCCAACGGCGCCCUCUGUGUGCAAGUGUCUGCCUGGCACCCUUGACCAUUGUGCAGGUCAGACGUCUCUGAGUUUUGCAGGGAACAGCUACAUCAAGUACAGGUUGAUUCACAGCAGCAAGGGUGAUGGCAUGAAGCUUGGUCUCAGGAUCAGAACUCUGCAGAGCAGAGGAGUUAUAAUGUAUACGCAUGCUGAGCCCUGUACUGUGCUAAAGAUCAAGGAGGGCCACCUCUGCUUCCAGCCGGACUGCAACAAUAGCCUAGACACCCUGGACAUCUCGGGUUGGCCUGUCAACGAUGGCUCCUGGCACUCUGUGACGCUGGAGCUGACCCGCAACCGCAUGCUGCUCGUGCUGGACGACGGCUUUGUGGAGCGCCGGCGCAAGGCCCGGGCGCCCACCCGCCUCUGGCCCCUGGCUACCGAGGGUGUGCUGUUCUUCGGGGCGCGGGUGCCCUACGACGGCAGGGGGGCCCGACGGCCACAGGAAGGCUUCCAGGGCUGCCUGGGUGCCAUGAUGCUGAAUGGCAACGAGCUGCCCCUGCAGAACAAGCAAAGCCGCUAUGCUGAGGUGGCUGCUCUCAGUAAGGUCAGGCUGGGCUGCGUGCUUUACCCUGACCCCUGCUUAGGAGCGCCGUGUCAGAAUGGGGCUGACUGCGUGAGCCUACCUUCUGGGGCAUUUGCCUGUGGCUGCUCUCCGCAAUACACGGGUGUGCGCUGCGAGAUGGAGAUCACGUCCUGCAUGCCCACGCCCUGCAUGAACGGGGGCAACUGCAGAGACAUGGGGAGCAUGUGUGGCUGUCCCCAGGGCCUCAGCGGACCCACGUGCACCGAGGACGUGAACGAGUGUGAGCAGGAAGAGUGCGAGAACGGUGGCAAGUGCGCGAGUACGUUCGGCGCCUUCUACUGCAACUGCACGGCCGGCUUCGAGGGUCCGCUGUGCGGGCAGGCAGUGGAAGUGGCGGACAGAGGAGGCGGAGCGGCUGGGGCGGAGGCGGCGGACAGGGGGGAUGGGGCGCAGGCCGACUCGCUGUCCUACGUGGGCCCAGGCGAGGUCAUCGGCAUCGGAGUGCUGCUGCUGGCCGUGCUGGUGCUGCUGACUCUGCUCACGGCCUUCCGCAAGAGGCUGCUGCGGAAGGGCCCGGCUCGGGCGCAGGGGACGGCCGCAUCCACGGAGACGGCCUACGCGCUGCACACAGUCGGCGUGGGUUCUGACAGCAUCGAGUUCAAAGCCAUACAGCUGGGCGCCGAGCGGCACGGCAGACUCUGUGAUAAUGACGGUGUGCGAGGGCCACCGCAGAUCCUGGUGCGGCCCACCACCUACACGCUCCCCCACCACCUGGGAAGUCCAGGGGGCAGCAACGAGGGAAAAGAGGCAAGGGGCAGGGCUCUGGCCACCCUGUCCUGCCCACCUCUCUUGACCACCUUCCAUGUCGACCCACUGCACAUGCUGGGGGCCCCCCGGAGGGGCGUGGCUGUGUGUAGCGUGGCCCCGAACUUGCCCUCAGUGCUGACCACCUGCCCCACUGAUCACAGCCCUGUCCCUGUCCACGGUCCUGCACACAGCCCUGCCCGAAAGCCCCCCUGGGAGGAGGAUGAGGAGGAUGAAGAAGAUGAUGAAGAUGAUGAAAACGAGAGGGAAGAGCUCGAAUUCCGAGCUCUGGAGUGGGAAGAUAGGGACUAUCAGGCGGAUGGAGAGGAAAUGAACAGAGCUCAGGAACCUGGCAGUCCUGUGGAGGAGACCACCUGUUUUUCAGACAGCAGUACCAGUGAGGGUCGUUUGGUCAGGUCCGACUCCUGCGAUGACAGUGCUUCCAUUGUGACGGUGAUACGUCUUGUGAACAACACGAUGGACAGCAUUAAAAACGAAGUCCUGAAUAAUGAACCAACAUAUAAUAGUACUACGUGCCACUGGGAGACUACAGAAUGGCUCCCUGAUGCUUGCAUGCCUGGCCUGGAAUCUGCAGUCUCCUGCCAGGCCAGAGACCAGCCCCUGAUUCCCCCACCCCCCCCAAUACCAGCACCUCCCACUCUAUCUGUGCCACCACCUCUCCUGACCCUCAGCCCCACUCGGCUGGGCAGCUGCGGGUAUCCCUGGGGCAGCGCAUGCAGGGUGCAGGCAGGGUACUCACUGCCCAAGUACGAGGGCCAAAGAGACUUCUCGCCGGUCCCGUCCCGGGAUGAGUGUUCUUCCCCCGUCUAUGAGGGGUACCGGGAAAAUGAGGAGCGUCGUGCCAGAAAGCCCAUGCCGCUUCUACCCUGUGGGAUCCAUGAAGGCGAGGGCAGACCUGCGUGCUGUCAACCCUCCCAUGGCUGCCCCCCGUUGCACCCUCCCCUCUGGGCCUGGGAGGAGAGGCCCACCACCUGGCUGAGAUCUCACCCCUUAAGCAGCCUGAGGGAGCCCGGCAGACUCAGCGAGAGGCACGCAGGUGGGGAACAGCUCAGCCCGCUGAGGGUGGUGCCCACAAGGGGCCAGGAUGACCAUGACUAG